UUUUGACGUCAUCGAAUAUAAUACUGACGCCAUUGCACCGCUUUCAUCAAAAUGACCGAUGUUAUGUGUCCAAUUAUCGAAGACUCUAUACAAGAAGAAAACGAGGAAGAAGAAGAACUUGAAGAAACAUCGGAAGACACUUCCAGUACCUUAAUUGAUCCAAAAAAUAGCGGUGAACUAUUGGCGUCCUUUGCAAAGUCGAGAUUGAAAGACAAGAAGGACAAAGAAGAGGAGGAUGAUGUCGAAACUGACCUUGAAUUUACGGAUGAAAAAGAAGAAUUUGAUGUCACAGGGAGAGCUACGUAUCUUAGCGUGUGUAAGAAAUUGGGACUAAUUCCUGUGUCCUACUUUCUCAGACACAUGACUGACACACACCUCUCCCUUGCCCACCAUGGCCUGGCAUCUCAAGGGAUGAAAGCAUUGUCAUACCCUCUUAUGAGAAACACAUAUAUACUAUCACUUGAUUUAGAAGAUAACUGGAUGGAAGAGGAAGGUGGGGAGUAUGUGGCGGCAAUGAUCAAUGAAAACUGUUACAUCACUGAUCUGAAUCUGUCUAACAACAAACUUGGAAGUCGAGGAUGUGAGGCAAUAUGUAGGGUACUACAGACAAACGUCACUCUUCAAAGUAUAGACUUAUCUGCGAAUGAUUUCUCUGACAAGGACGCUGAGUAUAUUGCAGGAGCCAUUUAUGAAAACAACAGGUUAAAGACAUUAAAUCUAAGUCGUAAUAAUUUUGGGCAGACAUCAAGUACAGUACUUGCCGGUGCUAUAUCUGAAAACGAGGCGAUAGAACAUAUCGAUUUUAGCUGGAAUAAUUUUAGACUGAAAAGUGCUGCAAGUCUUACAAGUGCAAUUGCUUCGAACUGUAGGUUAAGCGUUGUCAACCUUUCCAUGAAUGGACUCGGUAAUGAAGGAGCAUUCGGAGUGGCUGACAUUAUAAAACUGUCGGGAACAAUAACGUCGAUUGACGUCAGCAAUAACAGGAUAGCGGCUGUCGGUGCUACAGUAAUUGGCAAAUCUUUAGAGACGAAUGAUGUUCUAAAAAUUCUCAAGAUCGGUCAUAACCCAUUAGGACUGGAUGGUAUGAAGAUAUUGGUGAAGGCAGUCUCCCAUGACAACAGCUGCGUCACACUGUUGGAUCUCACAGGUAUUGAAAUAGACAAAGAACUGAGGACCAUGAAAGAAGAGCUGCAACAGUCCCGCGACAUACAAAUAGAACAUGGCUCUGUGAUGAGUGACUACGUAAUAGUUCCAAAACCAAAGAAACAAACCAAAUUUCUAGGAACAGCAAUGAGUGAAGUGACCCCGGACAAUAUAAUGGGGAUUAUAAAAGUAUACUGUGACACAAACAAUAUACCUCUCUAUGAUACGAUGGUUACGUGUGAUAAAGGGAAGGAGAAAAAACUUUCAAGGGCGGAUUUCCUUUCAGGAUUUGUCGAUGCUGGAAUAGAACUGACAACUACAGAUACAGAGUUACUCGACAACAUGCUUACAGACUACAAGACAGCCGAUGGAAAAAUAGACUACACAUCAUUGAAAUGACAAAGUGGCAGUGACAAGUUGAUGAUUUUCUUUGAAUGAUAGAAAUAUGAUGUAAAGACAUGAACAUAAUAAAUUCAUCAUAUUUUGGAAUAAAAAGUUUUAAAUAUCUCAGAAAUUGUAAUUGUAACUGCCAUCAAAGAAUU